CAUUGUAUACCAAGCUUCUUCACCUCGUUCACACUCAAGACCAACUUGUUCUGUCUAAUCUUCCACGACUUCAUGCCACUUUUCAACGCGCCAUCUUAAACACUCGGCCGCUUCCCCUCAUAUUCCUAUAUUCUCACUAUCCUAUAUCCGUCCAAAUACCGCAAUAUGUCCACUUCCACGAUUCAUGGCCCAGGCAUACUGUUUGUCCGCUCCCGCAUCUCUCCCUCGGCCAAUGACCUGCUCACCGAACCUGUGUUCCUAGCCUGGUACGACGACGAGCAUAUCCCAGAAGUAGUUUCUACAUCUAGCAUCCAUUCUGCAAUGCGCUACAUCGAUGUUCACAAAUCUUCUCCCAUUGGUGAUUCACAGAAUCCGAAGCCUUUCUUAGCCUGUUACCCCAUGGGGGAUCUGGCUUUCACGUUGGGUGACGAGUUCAAAAAGAUUGGCUUCAGGAGUAGUAAGCUUCCGGGCAGUGGCGUCAUUUAUGAUUUGGCAGAUAUGGAUGUCAGUUACCUGGGUUUUAUGGGUGCAACGAAGAGAACAAGAGAGUUUACAGGUGGUGAACAAAAAUUUAUCAUCACGUUAGGAGUUAGACCAGAGAAGAAGAUAGCAGAAGGAGAAAUCGCCGAAUUCUUUCAAAAGCAAACACGUAUCAUCGAACAAACACCACAGUACAUACGCUCGGUGCGCUUCAAACUUCUCUACGCGAGGACUAAUGCUCAGUCUCGUGCUCUAAAGGGGUUACCGACCACGGAUGAGCCACAUCCUGAGCCUUCCACUUGGCUCGCUAUGCACGAGUUCGCAGAGUUGCCUGGUGAAGAGUUAAUCAAGACGUUGAACGGUAGUGCGAAGAAGGCUGCUGAAGAGGAGGAAUGGGGCGCAACGGAAAUCGAGAUGCUUGUUUGGAGACUGGAUCGUGCGCAUGGAGACGAAAAGUUCUUCGAUGAGUGAGGUCAUGCUUGCUGGACAAUCAUCGUAUACUACGUCUGAUGGCUGUUUCAAAAUCGCCGAAUAACUU